CUUUCAGUCACAUUUCAACCCCCGGAGUUAGUCCUCAGUGUAGUCCGAAAGAGUGAUGCCAUAAAUGCGGAAAAAUAAAUAGUCCUUUGGACAAAGGAAACGUCCGACUUUGACAAAAACUCUUUGUGGACGGCGCGGUUCAUCAUAGUUAUCUUCAUCCUUGCUGAAUGGCAGUUGUGUAGUGUCGAGACACGAAGAAUGCAGAAUCAAGAAACACAGUUGCCGCACUUACCACCAGUUCCAAAGAUGCCAGCUUCUUCAAGUCGCAUUCUUUACGAUAUACCUUGUAAAGUUUGCCGGGAUCACUCAUCAGGAAAACAUUACGGUAUAUUUGCAUGCGAUGGAUGCGCUGGCUUCUUUAAACGAUCGAUUAGAAGGAAUCGUCAAUAUGUGUGCAAAGCAAAAUCCGAAGGGGGUUGCACGGUGGAUAAGACACAUAGAAAUCAAUGUCGAGCCUGCAGGCUGGCAAAGUGCAUUCAAUCCGGCAUGAACAAAGAUGCCGUACAGCACGAACGAGGCCCGCGAAAUUCGACAAUUCGUAGACAAAUGGCGCUAUAUUUCAAAGAACCUGAAAUGAUGGCUAGUAUAGUAGCGCCGUCGGUAGCUUUAGAUCUAGCUUUGCCCAAAGGGCCAACCGAAUCACGCGUUCCUGUCCCCGGACCGUCGUCUCAUCAUCCUCUCGUCCAUCUCGCACAUUGCAACGCGUUGGAAAUGUCAAAGAUGCCACCGAAUUUACAUACAAUGCCGAUUAUUCCUCCCCUCACAUCCGAGUCUGUGUGCGAGCAGGCAGCAAGAUUGUUGUUCUUGAACGUUCAUUGGGCACGGAAUUUGGCGGCGAACACGAAUCUCAUGAUGGAAGACCAGCUGACCUUACUCGAAUCCUCCUGGCGCGAGCUUUUUCUGCUGGCCGCGGCCCAGAUGCUGCCGACUCUGGAUCCGGCGCCUUUGCUGCAGCCUCAGAAUAUCGAGCUGGCGAUCGAGGUGACUCGAUUCCGCGAGACCCUGGCCGGAUUCAACGCGAUGAAUCUAGAUCAGCACGAGUUCGCCUGCAUCAGGGCGAUAGUGCUUUUCAAGGCUGGACUGGACAGCGAGCCGGUGUCUAGCGGUCGCAGCACCAGCAGCUCCAACUCACCCAGUCCUGGAAGUCGACUUAGAGAUCCAGCUUCCGUUGCCCGGCUAAGGGACAGUGCCCAGUGGACCCUGGGUCAGCGACUUAGUGGAGCCUCCUUGGGGGCUCUCAGGUUCGGUAAGUUACUUUUAUUACUGCCCAGCUUGCGGUCCGUGUCAGCGCACGCUAUUGAAGAACUGUUCUUCAGGCGGACUAUCGGUAUUAUUCCUAUCGAGAGGAUCAUCUGUGAUAUGUACAAGGCAUCGUAA